CAACCAAAAAUUCGUACGAAAAGCUAUUACUUUUAGAAAGGGACAAACGUAUUUUAAACGUACACUCCCUGUGAGCAGAGUAUUCGUUGGUCUUGCACUUGGAAACAAUUAGGGACUUCAAUAGAAAAACGCACAAUGCACUGAAUAGCAUUUGGCAAAAAAUCACGUUUGCUUGGGGUACCGUUGCACUGCAACAUUCUAAGUUAAGACUUCGGAGGAGCAAUAUGUUGCUACUAGUGCAAUACAUUGAUAGUGAAUUUCCCGACUAUGAUAUCGUUAAUAAGUCACGUUUAUUAAAAAUUAAACAUGAUAAGAAAAAUAUUAAAUUGGUGCGUUCCGAAAGUGAUCAAAGUGUUCACCGUGCGAUUGUUAUACAAGAAUCUGAACAUGAAUUUCGACUAAAAGUUGUUAAGGAUAUGCUUUUAAAACAACACAGAGCUAAACGUGUGCCGAAAAUGGAAUGGAGGAAGAAAGCCGAAGGAGCUGCGAUUACCAAAAUAAGUAGCAGUCGUGUGUGUUACAGUAGCACAGACAGCGAUACGGAUAGUGAGAUUGUAGUAUCCAGCAAAGGCAGAAAAACAAACAGUAUAGAAGUGAAGAACGAAAUAACAAAUUCAAUUAAUUGUUCACCAAUACACGAGGCUCAGUCCGGCUCAGACAGCUGUAUGGAGUUUUCUGGAAGCCCUAGUAUCAAAUCUACUAGUACUCCCUACCCAGGUAUAAAUACAAGUACUUCUACUGUCUCCCAAGUAGAAUGCACUGACCGAGAGGUCCAAACAAGACCAGAUCGAAUGACCAAGAUGCUAGAAGAAAUAGUGACCAAUGGACAGCAAGUUCAAGAAGAGAUGAUAGCAGUUUUAAAAAUGUUUGAAGAGCAUAAGAAUUUUCCUGGGAGCCCGAAUUCCAGCCCAGAAAUACGUCAAAUGCGAAAAAGAAUUACAAAUUCUAAAAAGAACUCACCAGAUUCUUCCGAUAAUUCGAGCGCACAUAAAAAAGUCAUAGUAGAAAAUGCUGAAAGAGUGCGACAAAACAUUUUAAAGGUGCUAAAUAUAUUCAGUGAAUUAGAAUCAUACCCUGUAGCAAAUUUAUAUAAAGAGAAAAAAGAAAAAUACGUAAGCAGUGACGAAAUGGUUUCAGAUCCCGUGGAUGUUACUAGCAACGAUGACGAUUCUGACUAUGUAGUUGAUUAAAAUAAAGUAUUUUAAAGCUCAACAAGAC